UUGUUUUUGAACUUUUCAUUCAGUUUUAAGAGAAAUUUUUCGUUUGUAUAUUUAUACUUCAUCACGUCCCUAACGAAAAGUAAAUAGAAGUUUUUGAAAAACCUAGGCAUACUCGGAAAAAUCUUUCGAUAAUGAUUUUGUAGCUUUAGGAGUUGUCUACAGAAUGUACUAUUUAGUUUUGAAAAAUGUCGAAUCAAUUCGGAGCUUUUUUAAAUCAAACUACACGAAGUGAAAGUUGAUGUCCUUUUUUGACUCACGUCCUUAACGCUAAUUUUUAGUGAUAACACCUCUGAAUAAGGAUGUCUAAGGCUGAUUUUUUCAGGGUAUCUAGAGUAACCCAACAUACAUAUAACGUAUAAAAAAAUGGCUUUAGGAAACUUCAUCAUCCGAAGAUAUACGGGUUGCGAUUUUGCGAAGUCACCUCCCUAAUAAGUGAAAUUGCCCAUGUAUAAAUGAAAGAGAAUCACUUUGAAUACGGCUGUUAUUAAGUAAGUAUGCUGGUAGCUUUAUUAAUGAACAGUUUCCACGAGCACUAGGUAAAUUUGGAAUUGAUCAACCACCUAUCUUUCAAAAUUUUGAUCUGUGUAUAAAAAAAUAAUGGAUUUCCUACUCAAAGAAAAAAACAUCAAUAAAUUAUGGCAAAGUAAUUGUCGUUUAUUUUAUUUAUUGCUCAAGCAGGAGAACUUUUCUGUCCGAUCUGAUUUGUUAUGACAGAAGUAUUUCGCAGAUUCAUCGAUCAAUGAAAUUACAUCAACGUUGCGUGCACCAAAUGCCCACAAUUUACAAAGAAGAUUAAUACAUAUUUGAUGUUAUAUUACCAAAUUUAUAAUUAGAUUGUUUUUUUCAUGUUUCAUAUUAUUGUAUCUAAUAAUCUUUUAUAAACUUUUAUUGAUCUCUACUUGAUAUGUGACUAAUUCUGUUAUAUCUUGAUUAUAUUUCAUGUUUAUAACGAUUGUGCUACACAUUCCUUUUAUCACUUUUAUUUUUAUUUUUAUUUUUUUGAAUUUAAAUUUGAUUAUUUUUUUGUUCUUGUGUGCUUAUUGUAUUGGAGGUAGCUCAUGAAUAUUUGAUUACGUUAACAUGUUUUUCUCUUCCUCGGCCUUGUCCAUGAGAUAGUGGAUAACAAAAAAACAGAUAUGCUUGUUGAUUUCUAUAGUAUAAUGAAGCAUUUCACAGCUGAAUAAAUCUGUCAGUUGCUUAUUUGUUGAUCAAUGAGGCUAUUUAGUUAUUGACAAUUAGAUGAGAAUAGAAUGAAAAAGAGAAAAAGUUUGUCCGAAUGCAUUUAGGGUGCAAGGUCUCACAAGCGCGACAACACACUAUUGUCAAAAUAUAAAUAGGAUUUUUCUUUGUAUUGGUGGCCAUGUACAGGCCUGCCUACGAGAAAAAUACGAAUGGGACUCUCUUCUUCUAUGAGAAAAAAAAGAGUCUCCCUCUCUCUCUCUAAAAAAAAUAACGAAUCUCUCUCCUUUUACGUGCAAAAUAAAAAGUUUCUCUCUCGGAGAAAAUAUGAAAUCUGACUCUCUCUAUCAAUAAAAAAUUUUUCUCGUAGAUUGUUCUUCGCUUGUCGAUCGACGUAUAUAAAAGGCCUAAGCAUACCUGUAUAACUAUACCAUUUUAAUCUCUUAUAUUUAUCUUCUAGUUUAUCUUCAAUCGUCGAUAACGAUUGUACAACAAUGCAGAAGAACAACAAAACAAUGUUUUUAUGUAUGGCGUUGGUAUUAUUAUUGGCGGUGACAACCAGCAUGGGGCGAUCAAUUGGCAUGCAAGAUAUGGAUGCUGAUGAUCUUCUGAACUAUUUAAUUCGUAAACGUAAGGCUUGGUCCUUUUCAACAAGAUUUUCCUUCUAAGCACGACACACAUAUCCCUUAUAUUAAAUAGCGCACUAUUUGAAUAGAAUCAUUUUCGUCUAUUCAAAUAUUUUCCUCGAUGAAAAUAUUUGAAUAGAAUCUGGUGAUUCUAUUCAACUAUUUCCCUCCCUGGAAAGAAAAGAUUUUCACCGAAAUGGAAAUCUUUUCUUUCCAGGGAGGAAAAUAUUUGAAUAGACGAAAAUGAUUCUAUUCAACUAUUUUCCUCGAUGGAAAGAAAUGAUUUCGAGUCUAACUUGAAAUUGUUCCUUUCGAUGGAGGAAAAUAUUUGAACACGGUUUGGACAUGAAUUAUUAAUUUGUCCUGUGAGAGUAUGGCAUGUAAGCAAUUGCAUUGUGUGCUUUCAAUUGAGUGGUUCAUUUGAAUAGAUAUAGAUAUGUAUUUUUCGUGCAGCUGGUAGGCUUUAUCAUAUCUAGAAGUUUCUUUGCUUAUCUUUUGAUUGUACAAAACAUAUGAAUAAACACAAAUAGCAGAGGGAACGAUAG